CAGCUUUGACAGGGCGCGAUGGCGGCGGCCGGAUCUGCAGGGGUACCGGCGACCGUGACGGAAAAGCAAGAGUUCUACCAGCUCCUGAAGAACCUAAUCAAUCCAAGCUGUAUGGUGCGGAGGCAAGCAGAGGAAGUCUAUGAGAAUAUCCCAGGUCUGUGUAAGACUACAUUCCUCUUAGAUGCCGUCAGAAAUAGAAGAGCAGGUUAUGAGGUGAGACAAAUGGCUGCCGCACUGCUACGACGGCUUUUGUCCUCUGGAUUUGAGGAGGUCUAUCCAAAUCUGCCUUCUGAUGUGCAGAGGGAUGUCAAGAUUGAACUCAUACUAGCUGUUAAGUUAGAGACACAUGCUAGCAUGAGGAAAAAGCUUUGCGAUAUUUUUGCGGUGCUGGCCAGGAAUUUGAUAGAUGAGGAUGGCACUAACCAUUGGCCAGAAGGUCUGAAGUUCCUAAUUGACUCGAUCUACUCUAAAAAUGUGGUUCUGUGGGAAGUUGCACUUCACGUUUUCUGGCACUUUCCUGGGAUUUUUGGGAACCAAGAUCGGCACGAUUUGGAUAUCAUCAAAAGGUUGUUGGACCAAUGUAUUCAAGAUCAAGAACACCCAGCAAUCAGGACAUUAUCUGCUAGAGCUGCAGCUGCGUUUGUUCUUGCUAACGAGAACAAUAUUGCCCUAUUCAAAGACUUUGCAGACUUGCUUCCUGGAAUCCUACAGGCUGUGAAUGAUUCCUGCUACCAGGAUGAUGAUUCUGUGCUUGAAUCUCUUGUUGAGAUUGCAGAUACUGUACCUAAGUACUUGGGUCCCUAUUUAGAAGAUACUCUACAACUGAGCCUGAAGUUAUGUGGAGACUCUAGGCUUAGUAAUCUACAACGCCAGCUGGCCUUGGAAGUAAUUGUGACCUUGUCUGAAACCGCUACCCCAAUGUUGAAAAAACAUACAAAUAUUAUUGCACAGGCAGUUCCUCAUAUAUUAGCAAUGAUGGUUGAUUUACAAGAUGAUGAGGAUUGGGUAAAUGCUGAUGAGAUGGAAGAAGAUGAUUUUGACAGUAAUGCAGUUGCUGCUGAGAGCGCACUAGACAGACUAGCUUGUGGGCUUGGUGGAAAAGUGGUUUUACCAAUGACCAAAGAGCAUAUCAUGCAGAUGCUUCAGAGCCCUGACUGGAAAUACCGACAUGCUGGAUUAAUGGCCUUAUCUGCGAUUGGAGAAGGUUGCCAUCAGCAAAUGGAACCAAUCUUAGAUGAAACAGUUAACACAGUUUUGCUUUUCCUUCAGGAUCCUCAUCCAAGGGUGAGGGCUGCAGCCUGUACUACACUUGGACAGAUGGCUACAGAUUUUGCCCCUGGUUUCCAAAAGAAAUUCCAUGAGACAGUGAUUGCAGCUUUGUUGCGUACCAUGGAAAAUCAAGGUAAUCAGCGUGUGCAAUCCCAUGCAGCUUCUGCUCUUAUUGUUUUUAUUGAAGACUGCCCCAAAUCAUUGCUAGUUCUAUAUUUGGAUAAUAUGGUGAAAAAUCUGCAUUCUAUCUUGGUAAUUAAGCUUCAAGAAUUGAUUCGGAAUGGGACAAAGUUGGCCUUGGAACAGCUUGUGACAACCAUUGCUUCAGUUGCAGAUACAAUAGAAGAAAAAUUCAUUCCAUAUUAUGAUAUAUUUAUGCCCUCCCUAACUCAUGUUGUUGAGCUUGCUGUUCAGAAGGAACUUAAGCUUCUGAGAGGAAAAACUAUUGAGUGCAUUAGCCAUGUUGGUCUUGCAGUUGGGAAAGAAAAAUUUAUGCAAGAUACAUCAAAUGUGAUGCAGCUAUUGUUGAAGACACAAUCAGACUUAAGUAAUAUGGAAGACGAUGACCCUCAGACCUCUUACAUGGUUUCAACAUGGGCUAGGAUGUGCAAAAUUCUUGGAAAAGAUUUUGAACAGUACCUUCCACUGGUUGUUGAGCCUCUUAUUAAGACUGCUUCAGCUAAGCCUGAUGUUGCUCUCUUAGACACACAAGAUGUGGAGAAUAUGAGUGAUGAUGAUGGGUGGCAAUUUGUAAAUCUUGGAGACCAGCAAAGUUUUGGGAUUAAAACUUCAGGACUUGAAGCAAAAGCAACUGCUUGCCAGAUGCUGGCUUAUUAUGCUAAGGAGUUAAAAGAAGGAUUUGUGGAAUAUACAGACCAAGUUGUAAAACUGAUGGUUCCUUUACUAAAAUUUUAUUUUCAUGAUAAUGUUCGGGUGGCAGCUGCAGAGGCCAUGCCUUUUCUCCUUGAAUGUGCAAGAAUUCGUGGCCCAGAGUAUCUUUUACAGAUAUGGCAGUUGAUAUGUGAUCCUUUAAUCAAAGCCAUUGGGACGGAACCUGAUACAGAUGUACUCUCGGAAAUUAUGAAUUCUUUUGCAAAGUCCAUUGAGGUAAUGGGAGAUGGUUGCCUUAAUGAUGAACACUUGGAAGAAUUAGGAGGAAUUCUGAAGGCAAAACUUGAAGGACAUUUUAAAAACCAAGAGAUACGACAGGUUAAAAGGCAAGAAGAAAACUAUGACCAGCAGGUUGAGAUGUCUCUGCAAGAUGAAGAUGAAUGUGAUGUUUAUAUUCUGACCAAAGUAUCAGAUAUUUUGCACUCAUUAUUUAGUACUUACAAGGAAAAGAUUUUACCAUGGUUUGAACAGCUCCUUCCAUUAAUUGUAAAUCUAAUUUGUUCAAGUAGGCCAUGGCCAGACAGACAGUGGGGAUUAUGUAUAUUUGAUGACAUCAUAGAGCACUGUAGUCCAACGUCAUUUAAAUAUGUGGAAUAUUUUCGGUGGCCAAUGUUACUAAAUAUGCGAGACAAUAACCCAGAAGUUAGACAAGCUGCUGCUUAUGGCCUGGGUGUUAUGGCACAGUUUGGUGGAGAUGAUUAUCGUUCUUUAUGUUCAGAAGCAGUUCCACUCUUGGUGAAAGUUAUUAAGUGUGCAAAUUCCAAAACCAAAAAGAAUGUCAUUGCUACGGAAAACUGUAUUUCAGCAAUAGGGAAGAUUUUGAAGUUUAAGCCUAACUGUGUAAAUGUAGAUGAAGUUCUUCCACAUUGGUUAUCAUGGCUCCCACUGCAUGAAGAUAAAGAGGAAGCUAUUCAGACUUUGAAUUUUCUCUGUGACCUAAUUGAAAGUAAUCAUCCAGUUGUAGUUGGUCCAAAUAAUUCCAAUCUUCCCAAAAUCAUCAGUAUAAUUGCAGAAGGAAAAAUCAAUGACACUAUUAACUAUGAAGAUCCUUGUGCCAAACGCCUAGCUAAUGUUGUUCGCCAGGUACAGACUUCUGAAGAUUUAUGGUUGGAAUGCAUAUCCCAACUUGAUGAUGAACAGCAGGAAGCCUUACAUGAAUUGCUAAAUCUUGCUUGAAGCACUUUAAUAUUACUUGAAUGUCAUCUGUCAUAAAAGUGACUACUAAUAAAUGUUGUAAGUGGAUUAUGUUAUAAAUGAAAGAACUGUCCUCUCCUUGCUAAGCAGCUAUAUUUUGUCCCCAUGUUUCUCUAGGACUAGUCACAGCCUUUUGUAUACUUUGCAUGUUUUACCUCUUAAACAUAGACUGUGUUAAUAACUUGUGCUUACAGUUGUCUUAGAAUGUUUAUCACUUUCUCCUACGUCGUGUGCAGUCAAUAUAAGUUGUUGCUGUUUGUACAAAUACCAAUGCUGCAGUUAACUUGGUACCAAGAAGUCAUGCUGACUGUCAAAAGAUACUAAGAGCUCACAAAGGUAAGAUAGAACUUCCAGGACAAACAUCUUCAAAGUUGUAACAGGAUUAUUCCUUGAUACUACUUUACUAUUACUCCUGAUUUUUAUGGUGGUGGAAGAAUGCUAGAACUUAGAGUGAGUUUCAAGAUAUUGCUGUGAAUGUGAGAGUUUUCUUUGUAAUGUAUGUGAACUUUUAAAUAAUGUACUCCUGAGAACCAGUUGUGACAUAUCCAAAUUCCAAUUCACAAAUUGUUCAGCUGAGAGUGAUAAGAAAUUUUAAAUCUCUUUAAACUGCUCUCCAUUUAAAAAAGUUAACCAGAACAACAAGAAUUAUAGUUACUGAAUUAUGGUUACUGGUGCAUCUAACAUUGGUAGCACGUAGCAUACUGUAAUACUGUGUUUGACAAAUAGCAAGUUAUCAGUGUUUGUGGGAAUAAGUGUGUUUUAGCAAACGAUUUGUUUGUGUAUAUAUGCUAUUUUUUCCCUGCCAAACAGCUCAACAAGAAAAGACUUGAUUCAGAAUGAGACCUAAAUAGAUUCCUGUUGUGAGGAAGUUCCUAGCAAAUACUAAAGCAGCACUGAAGGGUAUUCCAUAGUAAAAGUGGGGGAAAAAAACAAAACACCUUAAUUCUAUCUUUAAGCAUUACAAAAAAAACAGCUUUGACACUAGUCAUUUAUCGGUAUAAGUGCAUUAUAAGAAAACAGCUCUGUAUGUCUAAGGCUAAUUCUAUUCAUUGUAAUGUCAGUCUUUAGAGUUGAGCUUUUUGUAGUGUAGAAAAAAGUAUUCUGUUCCAUAAAUCAUCUAUAAAAAAUACAUCUAUUGUGACUUCCUGGGGUUCUUGUGGGUACUGUGUAUGUAUUCAGCAAAUAUUUAAGAACAGUAAGUGCUCAAUAAAUCAUUGCUGUUAAUUCAUCUAA